AGAAGUUUAACGAGUCAGCUCACUAAAUAAUGCUCCAUAUAUACAGUAUUUUAAAUGUAAUCCUUGUUACUGGACUUAUUAAGCGGUGUUAACAUCUAGCGUUAGUUAGAAUACCCAUAGUUUGAUCGGUAGCUAGGGGGCGGUGUAAUACGUCGAGUUGUUUGAUAACUGCCUCAGGAGGGAAGAAGAAGAAACUAAAAAAGAAGCAUGGCUGCUGACAUGAGAUUACCAACUAUUCAAAAAUCCGCGUCGUUGUCGGUUUUUGAUCUCAACCGAAAAGAUUUAGUCGUCCCCGGCGAUGUUAUCACUUUAGACACCGGCUUUAUGAGGGGUCAUGGUACCUAUGUUGAUGAUGACAAGCUGACUGCUUCAGUUGCUGGAGAGGUGCAGAGAGUAGACAAGCUGAUCUGUGUCAGACCACUUAAGACCAGAUUCAACGGUGAGGUUGGAGAUGUGGUGGUUGGCAGAAUCACAGAGGUACAACAGAAAAGGUGGAAGGUGGAGACCAACUCCCGGCUGGACUCGGUCCUCUUGUUGUCCUCUGUCAAUCUGCCUGGAGGAGAGCUGAGGAGACGAUCAGCAGAAGAUGAGCUCACCAUGAGAGAAUACCUUCAUGAGGGCGAUCUCAUCAGUGCAGAGGUGCAAUCUGUCUUCACAGAUGGAGCCCUAUCCAUGCACACCCGUAGUUUAAAGUAUGGAAAAUUGGGUCAAGGAGUGCUGGUACAGCUUUCUCCUUCUCUGAUCAAGAGGCAGAAAACCCAUUUCCACAACCUGCCUUGUGGUGCAUCCAUGAUCCUCGGGAAUAACGGCUAUGUGUGGUUGUAUCCCACACCUGAACAUCUGGAUGAGGAGGCUGGGGGCUUUUAUACUAGCCUGGAGCCCGUUGGUCUGUUAGAUCGAGAGGUGAUUUCACGGUUGAGAAACUGCCUACUGGCUUUGUCUGCAUACAAGGUCCUUUUGUACGACACCAGUGUUCUCUAUUGCUAUGAAUCUUCAGUUCAUCAUCAGGUCAAGGACAUCUUGAAACCAGAAGUGAUGGAGGAGAUUGUAAUGUUGACGCAACAGAAGCUGUUGGACCAGAAAGGUUAAAGAGCACAACACGUUGACCUGAUCAAGCAGCUAUGCCAGAGACUGACUACCUGUUUGAGGACCGAUUAGCCUUUUUUCAAUGAACCAUUCUUUUAGUGGGAGUCCUGUUGAACAGCUCCAAGUGAAUUUUAUACAAGAAAAUGGAUGUUUAAUUGACUGAUAGAACUGAUAUGUAUUUCUCUUAAUUCGGCAGCAUUCAGAAUUCACGAGAGUAACUAAAGUUUUACAGAGGUUCAGUGGAACAAUUCUAAUAUGUGGUGUUAUACAAUUUUGUUGUUGUAUGCAAUGCAUUUUCUAUAAAAUUCAUUACUUUUCA